GUAAUGCAUGCAACUUUAUUCUAAAUAUAAUAUUGUCUUCUCUAUAGCAACAAACCUGUGCAUCUAUGAAGUCAACAACACAGAAUGUGAAGCCUGUGAAAAAGGCAGUUAUUACCCGAAAGCAGAGUCAAUUGCCGAGUUUUACCAAUGUAGUCACGGCAUCUUGUUUCUAAUGCAAUGCCCAGAAAGUACAAUCUGGCAUGGAGAAACACUACGAUGUAUAUACGAAGAAGGUGACACGUUCAAUUACACGAAUUUCUACAAUGGAUCACAUGGAAUGGACGCCAUCAAUCCGAAUGCGACGUCUUUGUGUAUAUUAGAGUCAAACAACACAGACUGCGAACCCUGCCAGCAAGGUGGCUAUUACCCGAUAAUAGGAUCUCUGUCAGAGUUCUUCCAAUGCAGUCAUGGUCAAUUGGUUCCAAUGAAAUGUCCAGCGAAAACAAUCUGGAAUAACAAAAUCAUACGUUGUGCAUACGAUCGUAAGUAG